AUCAGUUUUAUUGUUGUUUUUAUGUUAGAAUUCCUUACAAAGUCUUACAACACCAAGAGCUCUCCCAAAACACAGAGAGAUAGAGAGAGAGAUUCUGGAAAGGUCGAUCUUUUGUUAGGGUUUCUGUGUAUGAAAGUAGUCAGAAAAAGCUCAAUACUUGUUGGUCUUGUUCACUGUUUUCGGCCACCUUUGCUGUGAAAAACAGAUUUGACUGUGAAACAGCGACAAUAUGGAGUUGUGUUCCAUCUGAUCUUCUGUUUGCGAAAUGGUGGGGGAUUCAUGUUUUGUCUAAGCAGCUACUUUCUAUAUGUUUGAUAUAUAGUGUGACCAGGGUUCAGAAAUUUUUGUAUUGUUUGUCUCUCCCUGUGGGUCUAGAAUUUGGUAUAAUAAAAGGAAAAUUAGUUAAAAUAUGGGUUACAUAUGUGACUUCUGCGGGGAGCAAAGAUCCAUGGUGUAUUGUAGGUCGGAUUUGGCUUCCUUAUGUUUGUCCUGUGACCGCAAUGUCCAUUCUGCAAAUGCCCUUUCACGACGCCAUUCCAGGACCCUCCUGUGUGAAAGAUGCAAUUCACAACCUGCAUUUCUUAGAUGUGUCGAAGAGAGAAUAUCCCUUUGUCAGGAUUGCGAUUGGAUGGGGCAUGGCGGUUCUUCCUUGGGUUCCACGCAUAAGAGACUAGCAGUUAAUUGUUAUUCCGGCUGCCCUUCGUCGGCAGAACUUUCUACCAUCUGGUCAUUUCUCUUGGAUAUCCCCAAUUUGGGUGACUCUAGUUUUGAGGAGGGAUUGGGUUCAAUGAGCAUCAGUGAUAAAAGUAUAAGGAAAUGCCAGGGCCCUCCAGAAAAUAACAAUUCACAAGAUGCCUGUGUCCUUGUUGAAGUGAGUGAUAUAAAUAACAUGGAUAAGUCAGGCGUCUUGAUGGGCUCCUCUUCAAUGUCUCAACCUGAUACCAAGCCACACGAUGUAGACCAACCAGCUGGAUCAGCAAUUGCAACAUCACCCAAGAUAUGCAAUACUGGAUCAAAAGCACCUGGACUAUGUGAAAAUGAUGCUUUUUAUGGGGACCUUGAUAUGGAUGAAGUUGACUUGAAUAUUGAGAAUUAUGAAGAACUCUUUGGUGUAGCAUUCGAUAAUACAGAACAGCUUUUUGAAAAUGGCGGGAUUGAUAGCUUGUUUGGUAUGAAGGACCUGCCUGGUGCUGAUUCCAACUGUCAGGGUGCAUGUAUAGCCGAGGGGUCGUCAACUAGACUGGUUAAUGCAUUGCAGCCAGUUUGCAGCAAGGCAACAUCUGCUGAUUCGAUGAUGAGCUCUAAAACUGAACCAAAUCUUUGUUUUACAAGGCAAGCCCAUUCCAGCUUCUCUUUUUCUGGCCUUACUGGAGAAAGUAGUGCUGGAGAUUAUCAAGACUGUGGGGCUUCUUCAGUGCUUCUAAUGGGAGAGCCUCCAUGGUGUCCGCCUUGCCCCGAAAAUCACUCUUCAGCUAGCAGGAAUAGUGCUGUCAUGCGCUACAAGGAAAAGAAGAAGGCACGCAAAUUUGAGAAGAAAGUAAGGUAUGCCUCUCGCAAAGCAAGGGCUGAUGUAAGAAGGCGUGUGAAGGGACGCUUCGUUAAGGCUGGUGAUGCAUAUGAUUAUGACCCAUUGAACCAAACCAGAAGCUGCUGAGACGAAGUACAAUUUUUUACCAUACUCGGCUUUGAUUGUCUUCAGUAGUACAUGGAGGUGGGCACAGAGAAAGCUGUUUUCAUUGCUUCACCAAUGAAAUCCAAGACAGGAAGUCCGAUCCACUAUCACCAAAAAAGAACAGAUGAUGAUAAUGUGUAAAUCUGUUCAUUACAAGCAAGAGUCUAUAAUUCCGUUUCUGUUUCUGAAGGAAUAUGCUCAACCUUCAUUCUCGAGGAAAGAACAUCGGCCUUCUCCAGUCAUACAUGUGCUGCUUGUUCAUUCUGCCAAAGUGUUUCUCUUCCAUUUUUGGGUGGCCUAGGAUGACAGGUACUCAAAUUCAGUCGCCAGGUUAGAUGUGAAACUACUUGUAACAAUCCAAUCAUUUUUCAUGUGAGAUGUAUAGCACAGAAUCAGUAUUAUGAAGUUCAGAGAGCAGAUGGGUGCCGAGAUGGGGCUCCCAGAAAUGACAAAAACUUGAUAUUAUUUCUUUCUUUCUCAGUGACUUGUAGCAUUUAACUAUUGUAUGUGCAGUUGAGAGGAACAUUAAUCUGUAAUAAUCCUCUAGGAGAUCCAUUCUGUAUCUCAACUUAUUUCCUCAUUUCGGAUCGUUAACGGUAGCAAUUAAAUCUUGAAAAUGAUGGGACAAAAUUAGUUUACCUGUUAUUGCUUGGUUAUUGUCAAAGGCUGUGAUGCCUAUGUUUGGGGAUUGGGGUGUCACUUCCAGUUCUGUAAUUGCUGAUUUUCUAGUUACAUUA